CCUCCGCGAAAGGGUGUGCGUUUUGAAGGUUGUAUGAAGCAUAACACCACAACACAGAAGAGCAGUCGCCACUUGGCUUGACAACCCCGGGGCAAGCGAGUGAAGCCCGGGCGAAGAACACCCCAAAUCUUUCCCCCCUCCAUCCUCCCCUCUCUGAGCUCAGCCCCGGACCAAGGUCCUGUCCUCCCGUGGGCACGGUGGAAAUACCGCAUACACGGACAUCAAUAACAAAAAGUUGACAUACGUAAGGUACAGGGCAAAAUGCAAUGUGGCAGCUAUGUGGCUUCUCUUCAAGGUCAGUAUCUGAGCAGCACCGCGUCGCGGACGAGGUUUUUGGACAGUCGGAGGGAAGAAGAGGUGCGGAAGGGAUGCCGAUGCGUGUCGUUUUGCCUCCAGCACCAGCAAUGACAUCUUUCACCGACGAGGACAUUGGUAGUCACUGACAGAGAGACGUGAAGGAAACUUCAGAAACACCGCUGUGAAAAACGAAUAGGGCGUUUUGUUUUGUUUUUUUUUAAAGAAAGCGUUGUGAAUAGAAACUCUUUUCAAUAUCUUGACAUUUCCUGUUUUCUUCCAGCGGUCUGUUUUAGUGCGGCCGUUUACCUGUUCUGCUGAAGUCAAGCUAACGUUAGCUAACACUGACCGACAGAAUGGGUUUUCGGUUCGGUUCAAGCUAGUCGAACCGACCGUUGAAGUCGGUGAGCUUAGAAUGUUCGACUGCUGAAGAGUUGGUUAACUAGCGUAACGUUGUCUCCGACUUCCUUUAGCUUGCUUGGUUUUCAAGCGGACUUCCACCAACUUACUUCUUCUUAAAAUUACAUCGCCUGUACGUGUUCAACAACAUGCCUUCGAGGACAAGUUCACACAGCCCGGCUGGCUUCGGUAAGAGCUUACCGGAGCGGGGACUGCUCCUGCUCAUGGUUUUGGUGCUUCUGCAGGGCUCCGUGCUUCCCCUCGGAGCUGCCAGCUCUCCGGAUGUCAACCAACAGGAAACCCCAGGCACCCACAAAGUGUCGGAUGCAGGGCAUAACAUGACUAAAAAGGCUUUCCCUGUGCUCAGCCUCGACUACCACCAUAUUCAGACGCCUUUUGAAAUCUCAUUAUGGGUGCUGCUCGCCUCUUUAAUGAAAUUAGGGUUUCACCUCAUUCCUCGGUUGUCCAGCAUCGUACCAGAGAGCUGCCUGUUGAUUGUGGUGGGCCUGCUGGUGGGGGGGCUCAUCAAACUAGCUGGAGAGAAGGUCCCCCCAGUGCUGGACUCCAGAUUGUUCUUCCUCUGCCUGCUGCCUCCCAUCAUCCUGGAUGCUGGCUACUUCCUGCCCAUUCGCCCCUUCAUGGAAAACUUGGGCACGAUCCUGAUGUUUGCUGUUGUGGGAACCUUGUGGAAUGCCUUCUUCAUCGGGGGCCUGCUGUAUGCUGUGUGUCAGAUCCAGCCAGCCAAUCCAUCUGAUCUCCACCAGCUGGAGCUCUUGCCUUGCUUGCUGUUUGCUGCCAUCAUCUCAGCUGUCGAUCCUGUUGCUGUGCUAGCUGUGUUUGAGGAGAUCCACAUCAAUGAACUGUUGCACAUCUUGGUGUUUGGUGAAUCGCUGCUCAACGAUGCUGUCACAGUGGUGUUAUACCACCUGUUUGAGGAGUUUGCAGGUGUCGGGACAGUGACUGUGAUGGAUGGUUUCCUGGGAAUCAUUUCCUUCCUGGUGGUUGCUUUGGGUGGCGUUCUAGUGGGAGCUAUCUAUGGGAUCCUGUCCGCCUUCACCUCACGCUUCACCUCCCACACCCGUGUCAUUGAGCCACUUUUUGUCUUUGUGUACAGCUACAUGGCCUACCUGUCAGCUGAGAUGUUCCACCUCUCUGGCAUCAUGGCCUUAAUAGCUUGUGGAGCGGUGAUGCGACCCUACGUGGAGGCCAACAUUUCCCACAAGUCCCACACCACCAUCAAAUACUUCCUAAAAAUGUGGAGCAGCGUCAGCGAAACACUAAUCUUCAUCUUUCUGGGCGUUGCUACGGUGGACGGCAAUCACUCCUGGAACUGGACCUUUGUCACCGUCACUGUCAUUCUGUGUCUGGUGGCCCGAGUCAUAGGUGUGGUUGGUCUGACCUACGUGAUCAACAAGUUCCGCAUCGUCAAACUGACCACUAAGGACCAGUUCAUUAUUGCUUACGGUGGCCUGCGAGGUGCCAUUGCCUUCUCCCUUGGCUUCCUGUUGGACAAGGAUCACUUUCCCAUGAGAGAGAUGUUCCUUACUGCUAUCAUCACUGUUAUCUUCUUCACCGUCUUUGUUCAGGGUAUGACCAUCAAGCCCCUGGUGGAGCUGUUGGCAGUGAAGAAGAAACAGGAGGCCAAGCGUUCGAUUAAUGAGGAAAUCCACACUCAGUUCCUCGACCACCUGCUGACUGGAAUUGAAGAUAUUUGUGGACACUAUGGACACCACCACUGGAAGGACAAACUGAACCGCUUCAACAAGAAGUACGUGAAGAAGUGCCUGAUUGCUGGCGAACGCUCCAAGGAGCCUCAGCUCAUCGCCUUCUACCACAAGAUGGAAAUGAAACAGGCCAUUGAGCUGGUGGAGAGUGGAGGGGGAGUCAAGCUGCCUUCUGCUAUGCCUUCUACUGUUUCCAUGCAGAACAUCCAGCCCAAGAAACCUCCUCCCGCCAAGCCAGUGGAGAGAGCUCUGCCACAGCUGCCUAAAGGCCGAGAGGAGGAGAUCAGGAAGAUCCUGAGGAAUAACCUUCAGAGGACGCGACAGAGGCUGCGCUCCUACAACAGACACACUCUGGUGGCUGAUCCGUACGAGGACGGCUUCAGUGACUUCCUUCUCAAGAAGCAAAAGAUGAUUGAGCUGGAGAAGAAGAUAAAAGACAUGAAUAACUACCUGACGGUGCCUGCUGCUCCUCCUGACUCCCCGACCAUGCGUAGAGCCAGACUGGCCUCAGACCCCCAAGCCUACAACAUGAAGCCUUCGUCAGACAACAUGCCCACCAUCCAGGUAGACCUGGCAUCUCCUCAGUCUCCAGAUUCUGUCAACCUGAUGGAUGAGUUCAAACAGGCCAGCCAGGAGCAGAAGGAGGAGGACCAGGGCCUGAUGAUGAUGCCUCCCUCUGGGCCGAGGGGGCUGAACAAGCCAGGCGAGCCAGACGAAACCAGAGAACAGCAGAAGCUGAUGAGGUGCUUGAGCGACCCCGGUCCAAGCGCGGACGAGGACGAGGACGAACCCUUCCUGCCUUGACGUGGCGGGCCGGAUGUGGAGGGGUCAGACUUCAUACCAGCCUUCGAUGGUUUGAGGAGUGAGGGCCGCUUCUCUGAUCCGCUCUAAAUAAUCUCUUUGGUUCAGAAACCAAACAAGCCAAACUGCUAUUUGCUGUACAAACCAGUAAGAGAAAACAAAAGGAGAUUGAGAAGG